AUGUCAGCUUCACGCUUAGCCUGCAGGCUCACCUCUAGGGUUUCAUUUCCGCAGCAGCAAACUCGAGCUUUCGGAGUGUCGGCAUUCCGCGCAAAUCGCCGCACGCCCAGCACUGCAGAAGAGCACAGAGAGAAUGACUCGUAUCCUGGACGAAUCGAACACUUGACCGGUGGCAGACAGCCACCCGGUCCACAGAAGCCAGAGCUGGAAGUGGGUGAAAUGGAAGGCAUCACCUUCAAGGUCGAACCGCUGAAACGCAAGGGCGAGGAUGCAACCACUAUGCGUGCUAGGUUACUCUACCAGAGCAGAAAGAGGGGCAUCCUCGAGUCCGACCUUCUCCUUUCCACCUUCGCUGAUGUCUACCUGGGCGCAAUGAACGAGCAGCAAUUAAAACAGUACGACAGCUUCCUCGACGAAAACGACUGGGACAUCUACUAUUGGGCUACACAAGAAACAAAGGAAGCCGAGAAGCCGGCUUCGUCAGGCGCCGCAGACGCAGGCUCGGCUGCACAGGUAGACACGGUAACGGAAACGUGGAAGCAGGGGGCAUCCAAGUCGGGUGAAUGGGCGCAAACAAUAGGCGCCUUCAAGCCGGCAUAUCGGCCUGUGCCCUCGCGCUGGGCUGAUUCAGAGGUCCUAACUCUCCUAAGAAAACAUGUCCAAGAUAAGAGCGCGAUAGGGUUCCAGGCGGCAAAGCAAAGGAAGCGCGGAAGCGGACUUGGUCGAAUGCCUGACGUUAAAGGAUUACCUCGUUCUUUUUCCUCAUCAUCGCCGUGGCCGGAGUGCAUCGACAACGCCCUCCAGUGUCUCUUUCUUCCCUUCUCCGUUUCAAGGUUCUUCUAUCGACCCGCAACCUUGAUCAUGGCCGAGCAGCUCAUCCUCCGCGGAACCCUCGAGGGCCACAAUGGCUGGGUUACCAGCUUGGCUACCUCGCUUGAGAACCCCAACAUGCUGCUCUCCGCCAGUCGCGACAAGACCCUGAUCGUGUGGAACUUGACCCGUGACGACCAGGCAUACGGUUACCCCAAGCGCAGUCUUGAGGGCCACUCCCACAUCGUCUCCGACUGUGUGAUCUCCUCCGACGGUGCUUACGCUCUGUCUGCCUCUUGGGACAAGAGCUUGCGCCUGUGGGAACUUGCCACUGGUAACACCACUCGCGUUUUCAGCGGCCACACCGGCGACGUCCUUUCAGUCUCCUUCUCCGCCGACAACCGCCAGAUUGUUUCCGGAUCUCGCGACCGAACGAUCAAGCUCUGGAACACCCUUGGUGACUGCAAGUUCACCAUCACCGACAAGGGCCACACCGAGUGGGUGUCUUGCGUCCGAUUCAGCCCCAACCCCCAGAACCCCGUCAUUGUCUCUGCUGGAUGGGACAAGCUCGUCAAGGUUUGGGAGCUCGCCUCUUGCCGUCUCCAGACCGACCACAUCGGCCACAGCGGCUAUAUCAACACUGUCACUAUCUCUCCCGAUGGAUCCCUCUGCGCCUCCGGUGGUAAGGACGGUACCACCAUGCUCUGGGACCUUAACGAGUCCAAGCACCUCUACUCCCUCCAGGCCGGUGACGAGAUCCACGCUCUCGUCUUCUCGCCCAACCGUUACUGGCUGUGCGCUGCCACCACGACCAGCAUCACCAUCUUCGACCUCGAGAAGAAGAGCAAGGUUGACGAGCUCAAGCCCGAGUACGUCGAGAAGGGCAAGAAGAGCCGUGAGCCCGAGUGUGUCUCCCUCGCCUGGAGCGCCGAUGGCCAGACUCUGUUCGCUGGUUACACUGACAACAAGAUCCGCGCCUGGGGUGUCAUGUCGCGAGCUUAA